AUGGCAGCUUCGUGUGGAGUAACUUUCGUCGAUGUGCUCAAAGCACUGGAAAGGAUUUCACCGUUCAUUCACAAAACUCCUAUCUUCACAUCUGAACAAGCAAAUAGGAAAUGUGGACGACAACUGUUCUUCAAAUGCGAAAACUUUCAAAAGUCGGGUUCAUUUAAAGCCCGUGGAGCGUUGAAUGCCGUUUUGAAGUGUCAGCAAGUGAAACCAAACGUCAACGGAGUGGUGACACACUCCAGUGGGAACCACGGCCAGGCGCUGGCAUGGGCCGCCCAGCGAGCCAAUCUCCCGUGUUGCGUCGUCGUGCCACAGAUGGCUCCUGAUGUGAAGAAGAAUGCAAUCCGAGGCUAUGGAGCAGAGCUGUUGGAAUGUGGACCAAAGCCCAGUGACAGAAAUGAGGCUUGUGACAAAGUACAGGACGAUAGGAACUUUGAGUUAAUUCCCCCUUAUGACCACGUGGAUGUGAUUGCUGGACAGGGCACCAUAGCUGUGGAGCUGUUGGAGCAAGUGCCUUUCCUGGACGCUAUCCUGGUCCCCAUCAGUGGAGGUGGGAUGUCCUCGGGAAUCUGUAUCGCUGCCAAGACCAUCAAACCGGACAUCAAAAUAUUCAUCGUGGCUCCUAAAGGGAAGCGACUGGAGGAAUGUUUGAGAACAGGCAAGCGUCCUUGGGAAGGGCCGCCCCAGUACCUGGACACCAUUGCAGACGGCAUCCGGCUACAGCAGACGGGCUACAUCACCACACCCAUACUCAUGGAACUGGCCGAGAAAGACGUCUUUGAGAUGAGUGAUGAAGAAAUUAUUGAAGGAAUGAAGUUCAGCUUCGAGAGAAUGAAGCUGGUCAUUGAGACAGCGGCCGGGGCGUCGGUUGCCGCUGCUUUCUCUGAUCGACUACGGAAGAUGGACCCGGACUUAAAGAACGUUGGGGUCAUUUUGUGUGGUGGGAAUCUGGACAUUGAGAAUUUGCCUUUUUGA